AUGGCUACACAGCACUCCCACUCCCAUUCGCAUGCUCACGAUGCCGGCUCCCAUGGCCAUACGCACGAAGUCCUCGACGGUCCCGGCUCCUACCUGAACCGCGAGAUGCCAAUCGUCGAAGGGCGUGAUUGGAAUGAUAGGGCAUUUACGAUUGGAAUUGGAGGACCAGUAGGUUCUGGGAAAACGGCUCUGAUGCUGCAGCUCUGCUUGGCCCUGCGGGAUACUUACAACAUCGCCGCGGUGACGAAUGAUAUCUUUACGAGGGAAGAUGCCGAAUUCCUAACUCAAAAUAAAGCUCUCUCUCCUGAACGCAUUCGUGCCAUCGAAACCGGCGGUUGCCCGCAUGCCGCUGUCCGAGAAGAUAUUAGCGCCAAUCUGCUUGCUCUCCAGCAACUCCAGCGCAAAUUUGGAACUGAUCUCCUGCUCAUCGAAUCCGGCGGGGAUAACCUGGCAGCGAACUACUCACGCGAACUUGCCGAUUUUAUCAUAUAUGUCAUCGAUGUCGCUGGCGGGGAUAAGAUUCCGCGAAAGGGUGGCCCAGGAAUUACAGGAAGCGACCUGUUGGUUGUGAAUAAGACUGAUUUAGCAGAAGCCGUAGGGGCGGAUUUGGAGGUGAUGGAGAGGGAUGCGGCGAAGAUGAGAGACGGUGGACCGACGAUAUUUGCAGUCGUGAAAAACGGGAAGGGCGUGGAGCACAUUGUUAACCUGAUCGUCAGCGCGUGGAAGUCCACGGGAGCGUAUGAUAUUAGUCUUGCGAGGUGGAAGGCUGGUGCACCCAGAGGUUCCGGCCAGGUGUAG